CUGUGACUUGAUUAGUAGAUGACGAGGUGUGUGCAAGAGUUACGUGUGCUGUAAGCGAAAGCCCAGCAAAUCCCACUCUCUGUCUCUUCUCCCUCACUCCUAGAAUCCUCCCUCUUUCUCUCACAGCCAAAUUUUCUGCCGAAUUCGAUUCCUUUGUUUCUUUCGUGGGAUUAUUUUCACCGGAAAACGAGAAUUAACGCUUGGGAUCAUGCAAUUUCGAGGCUCUGUUGUGGCUUUACCAGUUUUAGUGAGAAUAUCGUCUUCUUUUGAGUUCUGAAUGGGAUUUUGUUGAAUAACGAAACGAAGAAGAAAAAAUGCGCAAGUCUUUCAAGGAUUCCCUGAAAGCUCUUGAAGCUGAUAUCCAGUUCGCCAAUACUCUAGCUUCUGAUUAUCCAAGAGAUUAUGAUGGUGCCUGCAUACAAAUGAGAUUGUCCUACAGUCCAGCAGCUCAAUUGUUUCUUUUUCUGGUUCAGUGGACUGAUUGUCACCUCGCUGGAGCCUUGGGAUUGCUUAGAAUUCUCAUAUACAAGGCAUACGAGGAUGGUAAGACAACAAUGUCCAUUUAUGAGCGAAAAGCCAGUCUGAAGGAGUUCUAUUGUGUGAUCUUUCCCUCUUUAUUGCAACUCCACAGAGGAAUUACUGAUGUAGAAGACAGAAAACAAAAAGAAAUAUGUGCUACUAAGUAUAACUCAAAACCUGUAGUAAGCAAAGGAAAGCAUUCUCAAAUUGACAUAGAGAGAGAGGAAGAAUGUGGUAUUUGCAUGGAGGUGAACAGCAAGAUUGUAUUGCCUAAUUGCAAUCACUCGAUGUGCAUGAAAUGUUAUCGAGACUGGCAUGCCCGAUCUCAGUCUUGCCCUUUCUGCCGGGACAGUCUGAAAAGAGUGAACUCUGGUGACCUUUGGAUCUACAUGAACAACAAUGAGAUAGAUGACAUGGCUUCAAUCACAAAGGAGAAUUUAAAGAGGUUAUUCAUGUACAUUGAAAAGUUGCCUCUUCUUGUUCCAGAUCCAAUAUUCAUGUCUCCUCCUGUCCGCUGGUGAGAGAGCCAAUUAAAGCAAGCUAAUCCGAACUUCAAAACUCACAUCGGUACAUAGUUCUCAGUUUGUCCUCGGGUUUCUGGUAAAAAAAAAAAAAAAAAGGGUUGAUGUAGUUUCAGGUAUUUGCUAUUAGUUUCUUCAAUAGAAUUAUGUCAUUUCAAGGAGCUGUGCCAAGUUGGAAAAGUUUCUAUAUCAUUCAAGGUGUUGAUAAUUUUGUUUAACAACUAGAUAGCAAAUGCUCAAAAUUCUCUAUUGUUCUUUUCUCAAGCUGUAUAUAACUUGGGAGUCACAGUUCAAUGCUAUACCCAUUUGAUUUGAUUCCAAUGAAAUCACAGAGCUGAAAUGUAAAGUCCUUUUUCUUUUAA